GCUUGUUUAAUGCCAGCUGUUCAUGUGGUUGGCUAACCGACUUGCUGGUCCCAUCCUUAUGUGGAUGCUCAAACUGUGGCUCUUAUGGGCUGAUGUUUGUUCAUUUGAAAAUCAGAUGUAAUUACAAUGUUGUUACUGCAUCUGUCAGUCCUCCUUUUGUAGAAUAAAGCCAAUCUAGCUGUUAGCAAAGAGGGGAAAUCCGAGCUGUGUGUAUGUUAUGACUUAAUUUAGCAGCUAAUGUGGCUAACUGGCUCACUCCCACCAUUUAAUACUAAACAAAAGCACUGAUCUGAAGUUAUAACGCCGUUUUACCAUGCUAACAAUCAGAAAGACAGCACACAGCACAGUGUUGGGGCUAACGGAAACUCGUUGUCGUUUCUCUGGCGUUGUAAAGCUGCUAGCUCCAAGAGCGAAUGCUAGUAAGUUAGCCAACUAAGAAAGAAACAGAUCAAGACUGGAACAAUCUCUUUACAGUCUGGGAAUGUGGCUGAAUGAGUGUUCAACAAAUCCUGCAGGGCUUGUAAUGCUUUAUUUUUGGGGAAGUGGUGGUCACAUCCCACGACAUAUUGACUCCCAGCUUUUUAUCUAGUGUUAAGGAAGAUAUAAGCAUCUUUACGACUAUUUACACGUGUCUUCGUUGUUGCAUGUUAAGUAAAGAGACGUGUUAAAUGUUUAAAAUGACCCGUUGUGCCCUGACAGAGCGUCUGACCAAUACUAACAACAGGGCUUUUGUUUACGCACCUCAACUCUAGCUAUCCACAUCCACUCUUAUCCCAAAUCUAUCCUACAAAUAUACACUUUAAAACCUCUUGACUGGCCAAAAUAGUCUUCAGUGACCCACUACAAUAUGAUAAGUGAUUUUAAUCUACUGUUUUCGGACGGUGUGUUUUUGGAAGGGCUGCUAGGCAUAAUAACAUGUUGAUGUAGCAUCUAUUACGUUAAAGCGCUUAUUUAGUGUCUGUCUGAUCACUAAAGCGUAUGUUUUGUGUGGUUGUGUGUUGAUCAUGAGUGCUGCAGGUGUGGGGGAAGGGUUCUGGCUCGGUUCAUGCUGUAGUAAGAGCUGCUCCUCAAUCUGAACCAGAACCGAACUGCUUCACGCGCGAGCUGCGCAGUUCCGUUAUUUACCGAGAAUAAACCCUCACUCGACGAGUUAUUAGGCGUAGAGAGGCUCGUGGUUGAUAUGUAUCGCUGUAAAUGUAACGUGCAAGUAAAUCUGAGGGGAAUUUAAACGCUCGAGUUGCGCAUUAGCAUAGCAGGCUAAGCAGUUAGCUUCGACGACAAGCUGUUCGGCAUGAUGUUGUUGAAUAGCUCAAGCCGACGCGAUUAUUUCGACUUCAGGACCUCGCUAGUGAGUUAUUCAGUUGAUCAAGGGCGAAAUAAAGCCGUUCAAAUGCACUUGUUCCUCUCAGAUAACCUUAUUUAUUUUAAGGUAGCGCGAGGUUUGGCUAGUCGUCGUCAGUCGGAAUUGCUUGCUGCGCAGAAACCACAAAAGCGCUUUCCCUCAUGAUAAAAACAUCGCAUUUGACAAGUGAAUACUUAAGUAUGCGGGGAAAGUCGGUUUCUUGUUAUCUCGGCCGUUCCCCGUCAAAUUUCAGCGAGUCUUCGAGCGCUGUAUGUCCUCUCAGGAGCUUUGUGAAAAUGGCGGAUGAGUUGAUGUUGUGGUAAUGAAAGCCUCCACACCCCUAGAUCAACUCUCACACACUGCAGCGCCAACACACUCAUCCACAGGCCUUGUGGAUGCACUUAGAUGUGUGCAAUGAGUGCUGUGGCUGACAUGUCUCAGUGUUUUGGAUUGCUGUGCUCUGGACUCAGUAGGACAAGAGACUCCCAGCACAGAACGUCAUGAGCAUAGCCAUCCCAGUUGGGGUGGACACGGCCAACACCUCUUACCUGGAUAUGGCUGCAGGCUCAGAACCAGAAUCUGUGGAGGCGAGCUCAGUGGUAGUGGAGAAGUCCAGCUACCCUCACCAGAUUUACAACAGCAGCUCCCACCACUCCCACGGCUACAUCGGUCUGCCUUACGCCGACCAUAACUAUGGGGCGCGACCCCCACCCACCCCGCCAGCGUCCCCACCUCCCUCUGUGCUGAUCCGGCCUGGCGAGGGUCUGUUUGUGUCUGGGGGCCGGGCAGGCGAGGGCUUGUUUGUGCCGGGCGGGCAGGACGAGGCGUCCCGUGGCACCACGCUUAGCACCUCGGAAGACGGCAGCUACGGUGCUGACAUCACACGCUGCAUCUGUGGCUUCACCCACGACGACGGCUACAUGAUCUGCUGUGACAAGUGCAGUGUGUGGCAGCACAUAGACUGCAUGGGGAUCGACCGGCAGCACAUUCCAGAGACCUACCUGUGCGAGCGCUGUCAGCCACGCACCCUGGACCGAGAGCACGCCAUCCUACUGCAAACCAGGAAGAGAGAGAACAUGUCUGAUGGGGACACCAGUGCUACCGAAAGCGGAGAUGAGGUUCCAUUAGAGCUGUACACAGCAUUUCAGCACACCCCAACCAGCAUCACACUCACCACAGCUCGUCUCGGCAACAAACCGGCUGAUAAGAAACGCAAGAAGAGUGGUGAAAAGGAGCCCCCAGUGACUUCCAGGGCCAAGAAGUCAUUCCGUGAAGGUUCUAGAAAAUCAUCUAGAGUGAAGGGCUCAGCUCCCGAGUGUGAGCCGUCGGAUCCUCCCUCUCUAUGGGAGAAUAAGAUGAAAUCAUGGAUGGAGCGUUACGAGGAGGCCAGCAGUAACCAGUACAGUGAAGAAGUGCGGCUACUGCUCCGAGUCAAAGAGGCUCGAGAUGGCAAGACGCUGGCCUACAACACUCACACUGCAGCCUUUAAACCACCUGUAGAGAGUCACAUACAGAAGAACAAAUGCAUUCUGAAGGCUGCGCGGGACUUAGCUGCCGACUCGCUCAUAAUCGAAUACCGGGGGAAGGUCAUGCUACGACAACAGUUUGAGGCCAACGGUUACUUCUUUAAGAGGCCAUACCCUUUUGUAUUGUUUUACUCUAAGUUUGAUGGUUUGGAGAUGUGCGUGGACGCACGGAGCUUUGGAAAUGAGGCCCGAUUCAUUCGCCGGUCUUGCACCCCCAACGCUGAGGUGCGGCACGUCAUUGAGGACGGAAUGCUGCAUUUAUACAUUUACUCGCUGAGGUCCAUCUCCAAGGGCAGCGAGAUCACCAUUGGCUUUGAUUAUGACUACGGCAACUGUAAAUAUAAGGUGGACUGUGCGUGUGUGAAAGGCAAUCAGGAAUGCCCUGUGCUCAAGCAUAACCUGGAACCCACAGAGAAUCUGGGCUCCAGCACACGACGGCGUGGCCGCAAGGACAAAGAGCCACCACGGGAUGAGAGCGGACAGAACCAGAACCUCACAAUGGAUUGUGACGGGCCUAAUGGGAAAUCGCUGAACGAUGGCAAACAGAGGAAGCUUUCUCCUCUACGCCUCUCAAUAUCUAACAAUCAGGAUCCUGAGUUAAUAGAGGAUCUAGAAGAGAAAACCUCCGUUAGCAAUGAAGUAGAGAUGGAGUCAGAGGAGCAAAUUGCAGAAAGGAGGAGGAAGAUGACACGUGAAGAGAGGAAGAUGGAGGCAAUUCUGCAGGCAUUUGCUCGGAUGGAGAAGAGAGAGAAAAGGCGAGAGCAGGCGUUGGAAAGAAUCGGCACUAAGGGGGAGAUUGGUGGGCGUAGCGAGAUUAAGGAAGAGCUUCCUGCCACACCAGAGGCUGAAUCUCCUGCUUCGUUACAGCCCAUGGUAGAGGUAGUAAAGGAGGAGCCAUGUCUAAAGCCUGCAAAGGUGAGCCGUAACAAACAGAGGAAAAGCUUCUCGCGGAACCGCACGCACAUCGGACAGCAGAGGCGACGAGCACGCACAGUCAGUGCCUGUUCGGACUUGCCGCCCAGUUCCCCAGGCGAUGCUUUGGAGCCUUUAAUGGCAGAAACUCAUGAAGGAGAGACGCCAGCCGUCUCCGAGACUGACGCUCCACCAUCACAUGCCCCUGACACAAGCCCACCCCACAGCGGCUCAACCACCCCAACAUGCCGCAGUGGACAGAAGUACCCCAAAACUAAAAAGCAGCACUUAGUGAGCGAGUGGAUAGGUGGUGACAAACAGGAGCGGGGAGCUUCACAGACACCGGAGCCUCCUCCAGAGAGACCGCUGAGGAUCAGCAGUGACCCUGAGGUCUUAGCCACACAGUUGAACUCUCUGCCAGGCAUGGCCUGCAGCUCACAUGUCUACAGCACACCCAAACACUACGUCCGCUUCUCGUCUCCGUUUCUAGCCAACCGCAGCCCUAGCGCCCCCGGAGUUCCCACGUGUCGACGGCGCUCACGAGAACUGCCCGAAACACCAACCACAACUGGCUCUUGCAAGAAGCGCUGGCUGAAGCAAGCUUUAGAAGAGGAGGGCUCCACCAGCCCAGGAGGAGGGCGCCCAACUCUGCUGAUGCCCAGUGAGAGCCCUCUCAGCCCCUCUAUCAACGGAGAGUCCUGCAGCCCUCUACCCUUUUAUAAUGGCAGUUGCUCAUUACCAGAGUUGCCUACACCAUUGAAGAAACGGCGCUUAUGUUCGAUCGAUCCUUGUAUGUCAGAGAGCUCGUCCCCAUACGGGUCUCCCUGUGCCACCCCAACCCGAACAGAGUCAACAGAUGCACCAGGCACGCCCCUGCUGCUAGCCACGCCCCCUCGACCACGCCCAGAGGAACCCAGUACUGAGCCCUCGACACCCUUGCAGAUUCCCACCCACCCUCUACCACCGGAGAGUGAGUCGUCUAUGGACAGCUCUCCAGAUGGUAGCCGAAGGCCCAGCACACAAGACGCCGAGCACCCUCCUUCACUGUUGGCAUCUCCCAGCGUGAGGACCACAAGUCUUGAUACGGCUCCACAGGAAUGUACAAAACCUGCAGGGUCCCAGAGUCCUCCACCAUCCCUCGCUGACCCCCAGGACGGAGCAGGAGAUGAAGGCUUGGAGGUUGAGGGUGCUGCUUCAGAAGCUGCAUCAACAUCUGAGAUGCCAACAUCCUCUUAUCCCCCCUGGAUGAAGAGUCCAGAGCGAUGUGGCCUCUCGUUUUCCUCUGUGAACUCUAAUCUGCGAGACCUCACGCCCUCUCACACCUUAGAGAUUGGGGCGUACAGGCCGGAUUCAACCUCCGCCAGCCCCUUCAGUGAGACAGCGCCCUUCUAUUCCUGCAGUGAGGAGAGCAGUGGUGUGACUUUCAACCGCUCACUGAGUGCAGAUGGCACAGGGGAGGGAGGCGCUGCAAAGAACCCACAGAAGAAAAAGGUCUCUCUUCUGGAGUACAGGAAACGUCAGCGUGAGGCUCGGCGAAGUGGCUCAAAGGGAGAGUGUAGCUCACCUGUUUCCACAGCACCACCAGUGGACGUAUUUCCUGUUGCUGUGGAAAUAGCCCCUGAGCCACCUCCUCCUGCCACAACACCGACCCCGAGGACCCCUCAGCCUAGUGAGGAACCAGACACCCCACCUCAGGGAGAGAAAGAUGGAGAAGGCCAGUGGACAUCUUCCACAUCAGUGGAGCAGGCCAGGGAGCGCAGCUACCACAGGGCCUUAUUGUUGAGUGACCAUCGCAAGGAUGCAGACAGCGGAGAGACAGAGGGUGGGGACGUCCAGACUCUCUGUCCAUGUCCUUCACCCAAAGCCUGCAAGAGCCCUUCAGCACAUGCACCCAGUUCUCCAGCACCCCAGACUGUUUCUCGCCCAUCAAAGGAGGAAGACAGUGAAGCACAGCCUUCUGGUCCUGCUCAACCCCUAGCGCUGUCCAUCCAGCAGUCCAGCAAUAAGACCCCAAGCUCCAAACCGGCCGCUCUGAUGCCCAGCAAACUCCACAGUGGCUCCCAGAGUCACUACGCUGGAUCUUCACUCAUGCACUCUCCCAAAGCGCAGUCCCAAGGUUCACCUUACCGCGGCCAGCGAGCCUUUCUCACGGCUCCACCUCAGAACCAGCCUCAACCCCAGGCCACGUCAGGCCCGGCUUCUUUCCCUCAGUUCAACCCCCAAAAUACCCCGCCGCCUCCGCCCCCUCCUCCCCCAGCACCGCCCACCUCUUCUUCCUACUUCCCUGUGCAGCCAACUGCAACUUCUGCGCCAUUUCCUGCAUUCAAACCCGCUGUGGCCUCACCUUUUCCUCCUGGCUCGCAACCUCUCCUGCAGCCGCAUCAUGCUUUGCAUUACCAAAGCAGUGCUGCUCCCCCACCACCACCCCCUCCUCCGCCACACCCGCAACCUGGCCCUGCCUUGCUGCAUGUCAAUCUGCAACCUCCUCCAAUGGCGCAGCACCAGCUGCUGCUGAGCUCUGCCCCACCCCCUCCUCCGCCACCACCGCCUCAGGGACAGAGUUCCCAGCAGCCCCCACCUUCUAGCGGCACGCUUUUGUCAAUAAAACCAGGAUCACACCCACCGCCCCUCCCACCUCCUCCCCCAGCACCCUCUAGUAGUGUGCCACACCCAUUCCAGAACAUGGGUGGCUUCCAAACCACUCUACUUCACCAGUCAGCACCAACCAACCCCUCAGUAACCCCUUCCACCUAUCAACAAACUGUAUUACCCCCGCCCCCUCCUCCACCGCCCCAACAAACUCAACCCACACAGACCCCGCCCAGUCCGAAUGUCUCGCAGAUCAUCGGCAGCAACCGAGGACCCGCCCCUUCAUCCGCCCCUUACCACAAUGCCGGCUAUAUGGGCACAGGAUGGCACUGACCACACUCAUCUAAACCCCGCCCCCCAGACAAACUCACUCAAAGAGAGGGGAGGAGCUACACCGUGUAAUAUAGGCAACACAGCACCACUGUAAAUAUUUUCUAUGUACCUUUUCACUAAGGCUAACGGAAAACGGCAAGGGGAAAAGGCUACAUUUAAAAAAAAUAAAAAUGAGAAACUGUAAAACAAGACUGUGUAACAGAUGAUGGUUAAUGAACCCUGAAGCUCAUCACUUGCCCUGAACCCCCUAUACCUCCUUCCCAUAACCUUGUACUGCCAUCCUGUCUUUUCCAGGUGUCUUUUUUUUUUAUUUAUUUUUUUACUUUUAAUGUUUUUAUUCAUUUUAAUCUCCUUUUCCAGUCUCCUGCUGUUGGAUCCCUCCUCUAUCCUCCCAAUGCAAUGCAAUGCAAUGGGACAUUCCGGGUUCAUCCACACCUUUCCCUACUUUUCCUGUUCUCUCUGUUUUUUCUCUCAUCAGCUAUUUGUUUUAUCUAGUGGCUCAUUAUAUAGCAAAAAGGUUUUGUAUAGAGAAAAAAAAUACAGAAUUAUUAUUUUUUUUACUCCUCCAUGUAACAAAAAUAUCUGUGGACCGCUGCAGAAAUUCAGAAGAGACCUUUCCAGUAGGCCACUUCACUGCCCCGGGAGACUGCACUUGUGUGAAUGAUUGAGUGUCUGUUUUUAAGAGGAAGAGAGUGUGUAUGCUUGCGUGCCAUUCGCAUCCAUGCACAUAUUUGACAUGUGCACAAGAGGCGGAAGGUAAAUACAGUGCAGACAGUUACGUGCUGUUCUCUGAGGCAGCUUUAGAGAGCGAGGUCCUUCCUGUAGGCAUUAAGCAGCUUAUUUUUGAAUAUCAAUGGUUAUUUGUAGAAAGUGUAAUUUAAUGUAUAGGUGGUUACUCCAGCUUUCUCCAGAAACAGUUGUACAUAUUGGCUUCUUUUCUUUUCUAUGCUUGUAUAAUUCGCUUCCAUCCCCAUUUUGGAAUAUUGUUGUAAAUAUAAGCGCUCUUGGCAAAAAAAGCUGAAUGUUUCUGUGACCGUAGCACUAUUUUUAUUUCUUCCUCUCUAGUUUAUUUUUACUGUUUGUGUGUGAGUGUAUGUGUGUGUGAAGAACAGAGGUUCACAGACACAGCACUGGUUGGCUAUUUUCAUGGUUCAUUAUAAUAAAUCACUGUAAUGACAGUUUUAUACCAACCAAA